AUGGAAACAGUCUAUACGACAGCACCGGUGGACGACAACAAACGAGGUGUUUUCGAUGCCAUCGUAAACACGGUUUACGAUCACUGCUCGCUAUGUCUUAUAUUAGUGAUGGUAUUAAUACCGCUGGCGAUGAUGGCGGUGUCGGAGCCCUGUUUGGGCGCUGGUAUGUCAAUGGAUUGGUUUAUAUUUCAUAAACUCUUGGGCUAUCUCUGGGAUAAUCACGUGGAUGUCGUCAGAUCUGAUGUCCCCUGUAUACACAUAUUAUCU